GGCGGCGCGCGGGCCGCAGCCGCAGCUCCUCGGCGGCCCGCACCUAGCAGCGUGCGCCCCAGUGCAACCCUGGCUUUCCCUCCGCUGGACACCCGUGCCCCCUUCAUCGUCCGCAACCAGAAGCCCAGUGCAGCCCCCGGAGCACCCUCUGCCCCGCCGCCGCUCCCCGGACCGCGACCCAGGCCGCCCCGAGAUGACCGCGACCGGAGCCCUCCUGCGCGUCCUCUUGCUCCUGCUGGCUUUCGGCCACAGAACCUAUGGGGCUGAAUGCGACCCAGCCUGCGACCCCAAAAAUGGAUUCUGCGAGGAUGACAACGUUUGCAGGUGCCAGCCCGGCUGGGAGGGCCCUCUGUGUGACCAGUGCGUAACCUCCCCUGGCUGCGUCAACGGACUGUGUGAGGAACCAUGGCAGUGCAUCUGCAAGGAUGGCUGGGACGGGAAACUCUGCGACAUAGAUACACGGGCUUGCACCUCAACCCCCUGUGCCAACAAUGGGACCUGCGUGGACCUCGAGAAGGGCGGGUACGAGUGCUCCUGCGCCCCUGGGUUCUCUGGAAAAGACUGCCAGAACAAAGCUGGGCCCUGCGUGAUCAAUGGUUCUCCCUGCCAGCACGGAGGUGCCUGCGUGGAUGAUGAGGGCCGGGCCUCGCAUGCUUCCUGCCUGUGCCCCCCUGGCUUCUCUGGCAACUUCUGCGAGAUCAUUGCCAACAGCUGCACCCCUAACCCGUGUGAGAAUGAUGGCGUUUGCACCGACAUCGGGGGCGACUUUCGUUGCCGCUGCCCAGCCGGCUUCGUCGACAAGACCUGCAGCCGCCCGGUGAGCAUCUGCGCCAGUGGCCCGUGCCUGAACGGGGGCACCUGCCUCCAGCACACCCAGGUGAGCUACGAGUGUCUGUGCAAGCCCCCGUUCAUGGGUCCCACGUGUGCGAAGAAGCGCGGGGCUAGCCCCGUGCAGGUCACCCACCUGCCCAGCGGCUACGGGCUCACCUACCGCCUGACCCCCGGGGUGCACGAGCUGCCAGUUCAGCAGCCCGAGCACCGCAUCCUGAAGGUGUCCAUGAAAGAGCUCAACAAGAGUACCCCUCUCCUCACCGAGGGACAGGCCAUCUGCUUCACCAUCCUGGGUGUGCUCACCAGCCUGGUGGUACUGGGCACCGUGGCCAUCGUCUUCCUCAACAAGUGCGAGGCCUGGGUGUCCAACCUGCGCUACAACCACAUGCUGCGCAAGAAGAAGAACCUGCUGCUUCAGUACAACAGCGGCGAGGAGCUGGCGGUCAACAUCAUCUUCCCGGAGAAGAUCGACAUGACCACCUUCAACAAGGAGGCUGGCGACGAGGAGAUCUAAGCAGCACCCCCCCAGGCCCCUCUCUAGUAUCGGGGUUCCGCAGAGCUCACUAUAUGCGGUCUGUGCUUCUCCUUGUGGUGCAGUUUGCUUCUGUGUGGAAUCUAGUGAACGCUAUGCUUACGUAUAUUGUCUUUGCAUCGCUGUGUGCCAUGCUGCCAUGCUAUAUAAGAAUCCUCUUUCUCCCUCUUAAUGCAUGAUAAUGAAUAAUAAUAAUAUCUCUAAAUGAGUUAAAGAAAUAAGUAUGUUAUUCUAAACUCUUAAGUAUCAAAUAUCAAAUAUAAAAUCAAAAAAGACCAAAAAAAAACAUGGUAACAGAACCAGGGCUUGGUACUGAGGUCCCUCUCCCAAGGGGCUCUCAGCUACCCGGUCCUCGUGCAACCAUACGAAUGCUGUGCCUGACCACUCACUGUGAAAAGGGCUAAACUCUUUCGUUCGUUAAUUCUCACACACCGCUUCGGCUCUCACUCACAUCCAGUCUCACACCGCAACCCUUAGAUCUUUCCAGUCGAUUUGUGACUUUGCAGUGUGUAGUGGCUGUGUGUCAGGCAGAGAGAGACCCCAGGUUGGCUGCUGGCAGACAGGUCAGGACCCAGUCCCAGCCCUGCCACCUCCUCGCUGUGUGACCCUUAGCGAGACCCCCAUUCCAACCCUGGGCCACCUCCCCACCCCUCUCUUGAGAGAGGGGUGGAAAUACCCACACCACCAAGGUCCUCUCUAGCUCCAAAAUUAAGAAUUAGGAACGAGGGAAAUAUACCAAAACAACUCCUGACUCCGAGAAGAGGAUCUGAUGGAGACUUGGUCUCAUCCUGGGAUCCGAAAGGUUUUGGCCUAUCCUGGCUGUACACUUGAUAUUGAGGUCGAUCCCAAUAGCGUUUCUCAAAGUGGGGAGCCUCCUGGCUCAUGUCCAGUUUGGGAAAAAAUUGGCCCCUUUAGGUCAAAAUGUGCCAUUUGGUGUUGCCUCUUGAGCAACCCACUCCCGCCCUAGCUCAGCCCUGCCCGGCCCCAUACCCCCAGGCUCCACCCUCCUCUCACCUCUUCCCCCUUAGAGUAGCCAUGAAAUGCUUUCAGACUUAAGUGUACCUUGAACCACAAGUGCCCCCUGGCAAAAUCUGAGCGAGCAACGCAGCCCUCACCAAGGUUUUCACAGGCUUUAGUGGAAAUUGCUGCUUGUGGGGCGCUUUCUUGUUCUAUGGCGAAAGUGGGAUAGCACCUGACCACAGCCAUGGAUGUACCCUUGUGUUGCUGAGAAUACUACCCUCAGAUCCCAAAAGACCUAGCCAGCUUCUGAAUUAUGAAUUUGCUUUUUUAAAAAAGAGCUUUAAUCUUUUUUUUUUUUUGCAAAAUAAAAAAAAAAUAACAAAAAAAUUAGAAAGAAAUGGGAUAGAGCCCUGUGUAGCUUCCCAGCUCUUAUUUGGGGUCUGGUUGCUACACAGUCGUUGGGUCCCGGUUAGGAAUCCUUUGCUUCUUAGGUUACUUGGGUAGGAACCUAUGCUCUUAGCUUUAAGUGUGAGCCAUGUUUACCUUGCUCUGAAUACUUGCUUGCAAGUCAUUGUCACCAUUAUCUACUGUCAUUCAAAUCAUAAUCACAGCACACACUCACAACUUCAUGAUCAUCACCCAUUGGUCGGUCAUGUGCGUCACCGUUGUCACACAUUAUGGACCUUGUCACCCUUCAACCUCUACCCUGGGGUCAUUUCACCAAAAGCCCUGACUCAAAGAAUCCCUCCCCAGUCAUUGGUCAUCAUCAGCCCAAGCCCCUCCCAGUCCCACCCUGAAGCCCCUCCCCAUUUUGCCCCACCCUCAUCCUGAUGAGGGUGUGUCCCAAGUCCCCAAAUCCCUGCCUCCUGGUCCCCUGACUCCCUUCCGCCCUCCUCCAAGAUCCCCUCCCCUGCCUCCAACCACUCCCCUCCCUGAGGCCACCCGCCCCAAUCAGGUCAUCAUACCAUCUCAUUUUAAGAAAAAAUCCUAAAAAAUUAAAAAAAAAUCACUAACAAUUAUUGACCUUUGCCAGGCUGGUGUCUGAUAUGCCCCCUGGCCUCUUUCAGCGUGAGACCUUGGCAGAGUCUGCUAACAAUUCUGUUCCUCAGUUUCCCCAAUGUGAAAUUCUACAAUUGGACAAAGCAGAUUAUUUCCCCACUCCACUUUUUCUUUUUGAUCUCCAUGUUGUGGAGAGCAGCCACAUCUCUGAGGAUAGGGGGUCCGGCUGUUCUCCCAGCAAGUCCUCAUCCAUCCAAAGUAUUCAUCAUUCACCAUCCAUCCAGUCAGGGAGCGUUUCCAAGCACCUGCAGAGUGUAAGGCGGUGUGUUCUUGGAGCUGUGGGAUGUGCGGGCUGAGGGGAACAUUCUGGGAGGGGAGCAGAUGUACAGGUGUCCCCGGGAAGCCAAGCACAGUGCAGGUAAAAAAAAAAAAAAAGAGACAACAACACCGUGGGAGAGUCCUGAGCAGAUGCCUCCCUCAGCGAGCUACCAUCUCACCUUCCCAUGUGACAAAAGAUCAAGAGACCAGCACCGAUGAGGCCGCCCUGCCAAAUUCCACAGCGUCCACCCUCCACGCAACAGGAGCAGCGUUCGUUUGCAGUCUCAUCUUGGUCUUCACGUCUGCAGAUCUGCGAGAAUGUCAGAUCUCUGGCUGCCCAUACACAACUCAUGUGUUUGGUGUAGUGCAGUUCAUUCAGCGGGUGGAGUAGCUGAAAGAUGGCUGUCUGGGACAUCUUUACUAAUUCGGUUCCAAAUUCACAGUGGCGAUAAUUCUGUAACCAAAAUGUUAACGAAAUGUCCAUCAUGACGCGCUUUCUAGCCUCCCCCAUCUUUUUUGCAGGCAAGUCCAGACGCAAUGCAAAAACUAA